AUGACUCCCCGCCUGAAAACCGCCGGCCCUAUGGUCGCGCAGCCCGCCACAGACUGUUCCACCACCGCCAGUACCACGGUCACUACAGAGUUCCGUUUCGCACGCACACAGUCGCAGCAGUCGAAACUUGCCGUAGCGGCAAUGAGCAAUCAGCGGCUUGUCGCGAAUCUCAAUGCCUCGUCGACAAUCCCGCGAUCAAUCCCGCAGAAGCCCCCGGCAGCGAUAGCUACAGGCUUCGACGUUGCGCUAGUGACACCGCGUGAUGGCGUGUCCACAGGUUCCUCGAACGGCGACAGCGUGACCUUGCCGCUCCGCCCCGCGCCCCGUGAUAAGGAUGAUUACUUCCCUCCUCCGCCUCCGCAUGUCAGUCUUGGACCCCCAGCAAACCCAACGUCUCUGGCCAGCGCUCUUCGUGCGAUCAACGAUGAGUCCAGUGUCGUCCCUGCGCGUGGGCCUCCUGCGCCUGACGAUUCGCCCUACACCAAGAGCAUCUCCUCUACUGCUCCAGGCUCGCCCCGAAUACCUCCUAUCCGACAGAAUUCGGGCUCCCAAACGCCUCGGGUGCGACCCCAUGCCACUACACUCAGCAUCCCCGGCAUGACGCGUUCGCUCAUUUCACCUGAUGGGCGAAUCGCCGAUAGGGACGUGGCAGCGAAGCUUGUUAUUAUCAUGGUAGGCCUUCCUGCCAGGGGAAAAUCAUACAUCACGAAGAAGCUCAGACGCUAUCUCGCAUGGCAACAACACAACACCAAGAUCUUCAACGUCGGAAACCGAAGACGCAUUGCCAAUGUGGCUUCGCCGAUGAAACAGCGUGACAACCCAAUGGACACGCCAAGGCAGGCUGCUACUCUACUGUUGAACGGUGACGGAGCACACCCCGAGUCCCCAGAACAGCAUGAAUUGCCAUCCUCUGGUCAGGAUGAGAAGAACGGGGCACCGAACGACCACUCAGCUAAAUUCUUCGAUCCUAAAAACGCAGAGGCAUCCAGGCAAAGAGAAGCUAUGGCUAUGGGUACCCUGGAUGAGUUGCUGGAUUAUCUGCUCUGUGGUGGAGGCUCAGUCGGCAUCCUUGAUGCAACCAACAGCACGGUUGAGCGGCGGCAGGCCCUGUUUGACCGCAUCAAGGCAAGAGAGCCCAUGCUGGGAAUCCUCUUCAUAGAGAGUGUUUGCCAGAAUCCCGACUUACUGGAAGCAAACAUGCGCCUGAAGCUGUCCGGCCCCGACUACAGGGACAAAGAUCCAGUCAAGUCGUUGGCAGAUUUCAAAGAACGGGUAAAGGCUUACGAAAGCGCCUAUGUGCCUUUGGGUGAUUACGAAGAAGACCACGGGAUGCAAUACAUCAAGAUGAUUGACGUGGGCAAGAAGCUCACACACUUUGGGUUGGGAGGCUUUCUCAGCAGCAACAUUGCCCAUUACCUGUCAUCUUUCAAUUUAUCGCCGAGGCAAAUUUGGAUUACUCGACAUGGUCAAUCCGUGGACAACCAUCUCGGCAAGAUUGGCGGCAACGCUGAAUUGACAGACCGCGGCCAUUUCUACAGUGAGGCUCUGUACAGAUUCAUCACGUACAAGAAGAAGGAGUGGACGGUGGACCUGAAGAACAGGAUGGCGCACUCAUCAUUCCCCCCUGCCCCAGGAGACGAGUCGCCGCCUUACCCCGAAAUCAACGCCCAUGUGGAGGAGAACAAUACUUGCGUCUGGACUUCGAUGAUGACGCGCAGCAUCCAAACUGCCCAGCAUUUCGAAGCUGACGAGGAUUAUGAUGUCAAGAAUUGGGAAAUGCUCAAUGAACUCAACGCCGGCAAAUUUGAGGGCCUGACCUAUGAGGAAAUCGCGCGCGAUCACACCGACGAAUAUACCAAGCGCCAAAGGGACAAGCUUCAAUAUGUCUAUCCAGGUGUUGGUGGCGAAGGCUACCUUCAGGUUAUUAGUCGACUUCGGGACUUGGUCCGUGAAAUCGAACGCAUCAAGGACCACCUGGUAAUCAUUGGGCACCGUUCAGUCUGUCGGGUGCUGAUGGCGUACUUCAUGGAUCUCACCAGAGACGACAUUGCGGAUCUCGAUAUGCCGCUUGGCAUACUGUAUGCCAUCGAGCCCAAGCCCUAUGGCAUCGAAUUCCACGCGUACAAAUAUAACGAGGAAAUGGGGUGGUUUGAUGAACUACCUGAUUACAAGCCUCAGAAGACAGUCGACCGCGAUGCCUGA